UAAGCGUCAGGAACACAACACAUUGUUGCUAUUGUUGCUAUUGUUGCUUUUGUUGCUCUUGUUGCCUAGCUGAUAUUGUUUCGACAUGCCCAACCCAAAGGGGCUAACGAUUCGAAUCAAGCUUCCAACUCGUAUCCAGCCAGAUGUAAUGCCCUCACCGGGCAGAGCUGGUCAAUAUACGAACAAGAUACAUCAUAUGAAAAAGUAUCUACUGGAAGAGUUAUGCCAACACGAGUUCGCACUGCCCUUCAUGGAGCCGGUGGACACGAAGGCACUGAAUGUGCCCAGCUAUUACACGAUCAUCGAGCAUCCAAUGGAUGUGGGCACCAUUGCUAUGCGAGUGGAGAAUAGAUACUAUUGUAGCGUGAAUGAACUAAUUGAUGAUGUCAGACUUGUAAUUAGCAAUUGCUUCACAUUUAAUAUGCCGGGUUCGAUUGUCUAUCGCGACGGGGAGGAGUUAGAAAAGCUGUUCAUGAAGGUGCUCGAAAAGCUACCGAUAGGCGACGAGGUGCCCUAUGACAAGGAGAAGGGCGAAAAGUCAAUAAUGAAACGUCAAUGUCGCUUUAGGCUAAAGAAGCUCCAGGAUGCCACGGAGCAAUUGGAGCAAGAUGCGCAGGCAUUUUUUGACGAAAAAUGGUUUCCCAUAGCUGAAGCGCUGAACACGCACAGCAUCAAGUCCCUGGAUGAUUUUGAUAACCGGCUGGACAACAUACUUAAGCAUUGUCAGGAUCAUGGAAAGCGCAUCCUGGAGACAUACGACUACGAAGCCAAUCGACUGUCGGAUGAUCAGGAGAACAAAGAUGCUGAGAAUGCAAGUGAUGAAAUGGCGAACGCCAUAUGCCAAUGUCAAAAGCCCCCCUUCGAUUGGGAAGAUAACUUGAUCGAUGCCCUCGACGAUGCGCUCACUUGCCUUAAGCAGGAUCUGGCCAAAUCUCGUCGUGGUGAACUAAGGGAUAGUAAGAUCUACUACAGCCAGCAACUUUUGCCGAUAUUUGUCAACGCUCAGAUUAUCAGUGAAGGUCUGUGCUCGCAAACGAAUCUGUCCGACUCCUCCGAAGAGGAGGAAACUGAUUGCAAAACGAAUCGGGUUAGCCUGCUUGAGCGUCAGACGAUUCGGUCGCAUUUCAGUGAACUCUUACCUGAGGCAAAGUUCGAAAUAAUGCACAUCGUUGAACAGGCCGAGUACCGAUCUGGCAGCAACGCCGACCGCAAAUACAAUAUGAUGUACUUCAGUCCACAGACGAUACUUCUUAUAAAGAAAGCGAUCGACAAGCAUCGCCAAUCGAAUGCGAUGGAUGCCCAGUACUUCGAGACAAUGCAAGAGGAUGGAACGCAGGACUUGUACGAAUCGGAUCCAGCCACAGAGUUCGUCGAAAACAUGUCUCAAGACAUCGACAAUGAUAACGACGACGAAGCGAGUGACGAAUCUCAUGUUGACUAUGGUUUGGAGCAGCAGCCUCAGAUGCCAAAUUAUUAUGCCAACUCGCCCGAAGUGCAGCAAGAACAGAACGAGGCGAAUCCGUUCGAAGACUACACGGCCUCUGGCAGCGUCAUGGAGUGGGAGGCGCGUAAUGAAUGCGACUCCGAUGGGAACCAUAAUUCCUCCGACAGUGAAAUUGUUGUCGAGUCAGCCAAUGAUGCGUCUCCACAACAUAAUAAUCUUAUGGACAUCGCAUAUGAGGAAAAUAUUUCCAUAGAGUAG